UUUUUACUUUAGUAGCAUCACAGACCACGACAACAAUUUUAACCCAAAGUGCACUUCCAAGUCAAUUCCUUCUUCUCCUUGCUUUCAUUCUAAAUGAAAUAUAUGUCGUGUCACCUAACAUAUAUUGGUAUCCCAAUCCAACUUUCAUGCACAACUCGGAAAAGAAAAUAUUUCCUUACCAUGUUUUGCUAUCGCAGAUUUUUGUUGUUGGUGAUAUUCCAGCUAUCAAUGUUCCUUGUGAAACAAGGGAAUAGUCUGAACCAGCGUGUGCCUAAUUAUAAAACUGUUCCAUUCCAUCUCUUUGACCAUGGCAGGAUGGUUGAGUUCCCGUCCAUCCCUGCUCUUGAAGGAGUAAGUCUUCGCGUCUAUGACAGAGACUAUAAAUCCCACAUCUUACACACAGAGGAUCCAGAAGGUUGUCUUCCCAAACUCUUUCUACAACAUCGUCUCUACAAUUCAUCCAUUUAUCCUUUAGAGUUUUAUGAUAUGACCAAAGAAAAUGUUACUUUCUUCAAUUGUUCUUCACUUGGGUCGAGAUACCUUAGACACGAACACCUUUCCAAUUCAUCUGCACAAGAUAUGGUUGUCUGCCCAAUUUAUGCUAUUUCCUCCGAAGAUAGUAUCCUGGAGUGGGACCUUGCUUUCUGCACCAAGAUGUUUCAGGUAGUUUCUCCGAUUUCCGCAAUGUGCCUUCAAAGAAAUGUCUUGCAAAUCAAAUUUCCACAACCAAAUUCUGAUAUUGAAAAGGGCAAAACCAGGAAGAUUCUUGGAAUUGUUUUCCCAGGUUCAAUUCUAUUGGCGUUGGUGUUCAUUGCGUGCUUUUACAUAUAUCUCUAUUUCAAAGAAAAAGGAGAUGAUCAAGUGAGAUUGGAAAAGUUUUUGGAGGAUUACAAGGUACAUAAACCUACUAGAUUUUCUUAUGCUGACCUGAAAAGAAUCACAAAUCAUUUCAAGUAUAAAUUAGGUGAAGGAGCUCAUGGAGAAGUGUUUAAAGGUAAGUUAUCUACCGAAAUCCAAGUGGCAGUGAAAGUAAUCAAUAAUUCAGAUAGCGAUGGGCAAGAGGUCAUCAAUGAAGUGGGGACUAUGGGCAAAAUUCAUCACAUCAAUGUUGUUCGUUUGCUAGGCUUUUGUGCUGAUGGUUUUCAUCGUGCUCUUGUUUAUGACUUCUUUCCAAAUGGUUCCCUUCAGAAGUUCAUAACUUCGCCAGACAACAAGGAAAAUUUCCUUGGAUGGUUGAAAUUGCAACAAUUAGCCCUUUCCAUAGCUCAAGGGAUUGAAUAUCUUCAUCAAGGUUGUGAUUACCGAAUUCUUCACUUUGACAUCAAUCCUCGUAAUGUGCUGUUAGAUCACAAUUUUACUCCAAAAAUUUCUGAUUUUGGCCUAGCUAAAUUGUGUUCUAAAAAUCAAAGUACAAUAUCAAUAACAGCAGGUAAAGGAACUUUGGGUUAUAUUGCCCCUGAAAUAUUCUCUCGAAACUUUGGAAAGGUGUCAUAUAAAGCAGAUAUUUACAGUUAUGGAAUACUGCUACUAGAAAUGGUUGGUGGAAGGAAAAAUGUUGACACUAAUCCAGAAACCUUACAAGUGUUAUACCCAGAUUGGAUCCAUAGUUUGAUGGAAGGAGGUGAUAUAAGUAUCCAUAUGGAAGAUGAAGAUGACAUUAAGAUUGCGAGAAAACUAGCAAUUGUGGGACUUUGGUGCAUUCAAUGGCAUCCAGCAAAUCGUCCUUCCAUGAAGACCAUUAUUCAAAUGCUAGACGGAGAGGUUGAUAAAUUAAAGGUGCCUCCUACUCCAUUUGACUUUGCCACUUCAACUAAUAUGAGUACCAUUAUUCCUACGAGACAUUUGAAUUUAGAGUUAGAAGUGGUUCAUGAAUUCGAAUAAAUACUUGAGUGUGUAUGAAUACAUGUAAUUUUUACUUUUAUUGAGAGUAUUUUGUGAGGCUUGUAAUAUUAUUUUCAUGUUUAUCCAUAGAUUAAAUCAAUUAUUAUCUAUUUCCGUUCCAUGUCCAAA